CGGUGACGUCAUCACGCCCCCCCCGCCCCGCCGGGUGACGUAGACCCGUCGCAAGAUGGCGGCGCCCAAGAGUACUCCGAAAGAUGCGCAAGUCAUGGCGGCGAUACUGAAGGACAUGGGCGUCACGGAGUACGAGCCCAGGGUCAUCAACCAAAUGCUGGAGUUCACCUACCGGUAUGUGACGGGGAUUCUGGAUGAAGCGAGGGUCUAUUCCGCACAUGCCAAGAAAACGAGCAUCGACAUGGAUGACAUCAAAUUGGCAAUCCAGUGUCGCAUGGACCACUCCUUUACUUCGCCGCCACCCAGAGAUUUUUUGCUGGAGAUUGCGCGGCAGAAAAAUCAGACGCCCCUGCCGCUCAUCAAACCGUACGCGGGCCCACGCCUGCCUCCUGACCGCUACUGCCUGACUGCACCCAACUACCGGCUCAAGUCGCUCUCCAAGAAGUCUCAGCCGCCCGCCGGAAGAAUCACCAUCCCUCGGCUGAGUGUGGGCACGAGCGUGACCAGCCGCCCAGCCACUCCAACCAUGGGAGCCAGCAGCUCCCAGGGUGUGGCCGGGACGACCAAGGUGGGCACAUCGGUCUCCAUCGGCCAGCGGAUUACGCUGCAGCUGCCUUCGACGCCCAGCACGCUCAAGCCAUCCACUCCGAUCAGCACGGCGGUGCAGAGCGUGCUCAUCAACGCGCCGUCGCUCGUGGCGGCCGGCAAGAACAUCCUGAUCACUACCAGCAGCGCCGGCGCCUCAUUCACGCACUCCCCUCUGCAGCCGUCGCAGCAGCAGCAGCAGCAGCAGGCGGGCAGCUCGGACACGAACCCUCUCAAGCGCAAGCACGAGGAUGACGACGACGACUACGAUAACGCGUGAAGCGCCGACGUCGAUGCCGACACGCAAACGCUCAACUUGCCUACCGGCCCACACAGAUCUUCCACCAGUCUCACACCCCCUCUCGCACAACCCCAUUCACCCGCUUGCCCCACCCAUCCACUUAACCUACCCGCCAACGCAAUUGCACACCCACUCACUAGCCCAGGGGAGCCGAAUGCAGCUCUUUAGAGGCUGCUCUGUGACAUAAUGUAUGAAUGUAUUCACAUGCAUUGCGGCUCUUGAAAUAUUGAGUUUUGUAUAAUAUUCGAAAAAAAUGGCUCUCCGUGUUUUGGUUGCCGACCCCUUCACCUAGCCCGACCGCUUACCCCACGUGUUCGGCAUGUAACGGUCUUGGCGGUUAAAAUUGAUUCUUAUUCUCAGCAGGCGUGCAUCCAAUGGUGCGUGCCACGAUCGAUCACUGAACAAUGUUUUGCAAAUCACACGCAAACGAUGCCGUUACGUUGAGUUUCACGGAUCGUACGAGACGGCGUAUGAGGCAGAUAAUGCAAACGAAACUAAAUGCUGCGUUCUCUUGUAUCGUGUUGUGGUCCUGAAUUAUUACGAUUUACAGGCAGGGGCAAAUGAUUCCAUGCCCAACUUCUGUUCCAUCUGCCCGCUCGCCCAUCUGUACCCUUGCCCGCUUCUCCAGCUGCACUCUCAUUCACCCACCCACCUAUCACAGUUGCCCACACACCUUGUCCAAUUUGCCAACUGGAUGAUGCCAAUACAAAAUUGUAUUGGCAAUACAAUUUGUAUUGGCAUCACCUUUCAAUGAAAAAUGUAUCCAAUAUGGAUAAUAAUGCUCUUUAUUCAGGAAGCCUUCUUUAAUUAAUGGUGAUAUUGCUUGGUAUGUUUGACUUUUAUUUUGUCAUUUUGGAGAAUUCCAGAUGUCUGGAGAAAAAACCUACCUACUUACUGUACUGCCAAACUACUGGCCUCCGAGUACCCAUGUUUUGGUUUGUGGUCUUGCACUUUCUUUCAGGUGCGCCUACACUCCUGUAUCGAGUUUUCACGAGACGCUGAACUCAAGUUUGAAUUCGAGUUGCCGCUGCAAGCAGCGCGUUGACAAAUUUCUAGAUGGCCGUGAAUUCAAGAUACAACCCAACAUUUUCCCUGAGCCGAUUUUCGAUUCACUGACCGGCACGGGUUUCCCUACGUCGAACUUUCUGGCCGAGCGGAAAACACAUCAGCAGUCCACAGUGCAAGCGAAAUGGCAGUGAAUGGCGAUAGCGUUUGGUUUUACCGUUACAAGUUGCGUAUCGCGACGUUCCAUUUUUUGUUGGCAAUGAAGUUGUGAUAUUCGAUUCGGGUAUUUCUUGGGGAAAGUCUCACGAGGACCCGUUUCUAGCAAGGAUGUGCCAGACGUCGCAAACGGGUUUUGAUUCCUUAUCCGUACCCGGCCGCACCAGGGUCGCAAAUGGGUACCCGUACCCAGCCGGGUACGGGUAGCCGGGUAUCGGGUAGGGUACGGGUAUCGGGUACCCGGUUGCGACCUCUGGGAUGUGCCCAACUCGUGUGAUAACAGGAGCAACUUGUGGAAAUGCCAAUGUGUCAGCCGACUCAAGUUGUCCUUCAGCUCGAGUUCGAAAGAAAUUUCUCCAACUGCGACCAGUUUUGAGUCGACUCAAGUUGGCUUUCCCAUGGAAACUCAAGUUUCUGUUGUGGGUUUCGCAACACUGCUGGGUGUUUAUAAUCUUACCCUGCAGUUUGCAAGACGUGCCCCCGAGAUGUGGUGCACGGGAAGGGCGCAGUACAUGACGAAUGGUAGUGGUAGAAUUAUGACACCGUUUGGAUCGUUUAUUUGUUGUGAGAAUGGAAAACAUGUUCCAACGUUAAUUUAAAAUUGAAUUCUCAAGGAAGAUGGCCCGAAUAGCAAAUAACUCUUUUUGAAGAUAGCUAGCCUGUGUGUGUGUCAGAUUGUGUAUGACGAAAGCUUGGAAGUAAAAAAUAUAUAUCUAAAAAAGGUGACUUUAAAAAUUGUACGAUAGAUGUCACUGCAGCAAUGUAUAAUUUUUUUUACAAACGGACCAAUAAGAGCACUGGCUCUAGGGGAGGGUCAGCUGUUGCCAUGUUGUCAGACUUUAAAGUUUCGUGUUGCUCAUGUCUGAAACAUUCUACAGCCCGAGAUAACACUCAAGUAUUUAAAGGACACAAGGGGGUUUUCGUUUAUGGUUUUUUCACUUUUUUUUUUAAGAACGAUAGUUUGUUCUGAAAAAUAUACCGUCAUGAUAUGUUUGUGUAAAUAAGAUCUAAACAUGUAUGACACUUGUCAUGGAAUGCACACAUUAAAAACAUGAUUCCGUUUUGA